AUGUCAGCCGUUGGAUCGCUCAUUUUCUGCACGGGAUGUGGAAACUUGCUCGAUUCCGUGAGCUCUAAGCCCACAUUGGACUGUCAGGUGUGCAAGAAAACAUACGCGAGUCUGCAGUUCGCAGACUUGAAGGUUGUCACUGAGUCCUCCGAGGACGCUUUUCCAUCGGCAUUGAAAUUGAAGCAAUCUGUGGUGAAGACUACAUUGAAAACUGAUGAAAUAGAAGAGGGCGCCACGAUCAAGGAGAAAUGUCCUAAGUGUGGAAACGACGAGAUGCAAUACCAUACCUUACAAUUGAGAUCGGCCGAUGAAGGUGCCACUGUUUUCUACACCUGUACCAGCUGUGGCUAUCGUUUCAGAACCAAUAACUAG